AUGACCCGUGGUGUCGUUCGAGUGACUGACUGGCUACGCGUACCUACACUUUUGCAUUGUAUUUUAAUAACUUUCCACAUGCAUUUGUCCAAGAUGCAGCUCAAUAAUGAUUCGUCUCUUCCCGUGCAGAGGAACGGCCGUUAGUCGUGCGCAGUCCACUAUUGGAAGUGGAUUGCUUUUUAUUCAUCAUACACACAAUCUGAGUCUCCUGCAGACGGCCGCGCGAAUCGUGAAAUUUAAUAACGCUCUUCUGGAAGAAUACAGAGCCGGUUUCGUUGCACAAAAGUUUCCGGUGGUGCACUUUCGUAUAGGCGGUGUUCAGUGUGACGUUGUGUUCGUUUUCAAUUUAUUUAAUUUUGAUACGUUAUCACGUGUUGAAGUGCGAUUUAACAUUACGGUGUACCUACUUUAUUUAAGUAGCAGGUGUUAGAAACAUCUUCCAUCCAUAACCAAACAGAACAUCCGAUGCAACAUGACUCACAACCGUCGUGCAACAUACAACAUGCUGCUGAGGAGCAGCGAAAACCGCUCCGUACCGUUCUGUAACUGCGAGUAUCCGGCCGUGACACGGUCACGACAUACGGCCAGGAAAAUCGAACGCUGCCGAUGUGGCGAGGAUACCUCUACGCGGCUCGAUUGGACCUGGGAUGUCGACUGUGGCCAUCCGGACACGAAAAUCACAAACGGGACGGAGAUCGUGUUCCAUCCCGUGUACAGCCAAGGGACGGCCGUCAUACGGGGGACACAGCCUCUGCAGCAAGGGAUGCACCACUAUUGGGAAAUCAAAAUCCUGAGUCAGCUAGCUGGAACGGAUAUUAUGCUCGGAAUUGGAACGGACAAGGUAGAUCUCCUGGCACAUCGUUUCAAAUUCGCUAGUUGUCUGGGACUGGACGACCAAUCAUGGGGCUAUUCGUACCGUGGGCUGACCCAACACAACAAUCAGCUGAAAUACUACGGCAAGAAAUUCAGUCAGGGUCGCAUUAUUGGCGUUUACGUCGACAUGUUCCGUGGAGUCCUCGAGUUCUAUUUGAACCGGCGGUCGCAAGGUCGUGCCUACUCAAACAUUCCUCGCGACAGCAAAGGAUGCAUUUACCCGAUGGUCUGUUCAACAUCGGCUAAAUCAUCAAUCAAACUCAUCAAUGCGGCAUCAUUCAAGGAUAGUCUGAUAUUCCACUGCAUGAGAGUUAUCUCUAAGUAUCCCAAAUUGCUAGAGCAAGUGCAGGCAAUCCCAGGGUUGCGACGGCACGCGGAUGAUUUGUGGUUUCUCCAAUUGCGGGAACCGAAAAAGCCCGAUGAAUUUCAACGCAACAACCUUCUGUUAGAAGAUGAGGCUUUGCUGUGCGGAAUGAAGAAAAAGAAAUUCAAUGAAAUAGUUUCGCAGAGUCAAGCACAAGCUCCGCCAGAAAAUAUUUCGGAGGAUCAGAUCUAUGAAAACAUGAUUACCGAAGAGGAUACAAAGAAACAACCACUUAAUGGCACUCGAACCAUAAGCACUAGUAGCAGCAGUGAAGACGAAGAGUUGGCGUGGAUGAUCUCCAGAGAGUUCUUCUGUAACCAUUGAGUCGAAGCAUUUAUAAGCAAAUUAAUAAUUCCAAAAUAUGACUGAUUUAAAACGCUUUGAUCGGCAGUUGUAGACUUAAGUAGUUUUCGAACAAUAUAAGGAUUAAGAAUCUGUCUGUGCCAUUUACAUUGAUAAACGCUUAUAAUAUGCUACAUGGUUUAUUUUCGUUUAAGUGUAACUGUUACAUACAAUUUGUGUACCAAGCGCCCAAUUUUCGAGAUAUACAAACAUGUAAGAGUAAAUAUCCUGCGAACAAGAUACAGCGUGAAUGUGUUCUCUACAUAUCACCAAAUAUGUAUCCAACCAAACUAUGUAUACCUAAGUUAAAAUAAAGAUAUUAAAUAAUUA